CAAUCACAUCCCUCCUCGCUCACCAACCGCUCUCUCUCUCCUCUCUCUCUCUCUCUCCAAAUCUUCACAGGCGUUGGAGAGCUAAGGACGCAGAUCUCUACUCAUCCAUCUCUUGAUCUCACACUUUCUCAUCAGCAUUCUGUAGAUGGGUAGUGACGGAAAGGUCUUUACUUUGGCCGAGGUCUCCGAACACAACUCCUCCAAGGACUGUUGGCUCGUCAUUUCUGGCAAGGUAUAUGAUGUAACAAAGUUUUUGGAGGACCAUCCUGGUGGUGAUGAGGUUUUGUUGUCUGCAACAGGGAAGGAUGCAACUGAUGAUUUUGAGGAUGUUGGCCACAGUACCAGUGCAAGAUCAAUGAUGGAUGAGUAUUACGUGGGUGACAUUGAUUCAUCAACCAUCCCUACCACGACCCAUUACACCCCUCCCAAGCAACCUCAAUACAACCAGGACAAGACCUCUGAUUUCAUUAUCAAGCUCCUCCAGUUCUUAGUUCCCCUCAUCAUAUUGGGGUUGGCUGUCGCCGUCCGUUUCUAUACCAAAUCAGCUUAAGGGUUGUGAGUGUGCUAGUGAAUCAGAAUGCCCCAUUCAUAAUAAAUUUCUAGCUCUGAUAAAAAACCCUUCUUCUUGUUACUGUGCACGAAAACUGUUGCAAUUCUAGGUGUAGUAGGAUAUUUGACUUUUAUAUAUUGAUGAGUAUGUGCUUUCAUGUGA